UGAACGUGAGAUUUUGCCAUGGUAUUAUAAUGUGUUUCCCUUAAUAUCGACAGUAUUAGAGGCACUCACGGUUGCCAUCACUUCUCAUUUUCAAAAUGACCUCCGAGAACUAUGAUCUCCAGAUCCGGCUUCAUUGGAGCAAAACGUACAACGCCAUCUUGGACAACUGAUCGCCUCUCAUGCUGCUACAUACCAAGUGAAAAGGACGCCUACAGCUGCGCUAAUAUUUUACCCUAACCCAAGUAUAUCGUAUCUAUAGCUAGUACUCCAUGGCUGAUGCAUAUGAUCAACCGUAUAGGGUAGUCUGAUCGUGAGUGGCUGAGUCCAUGGCGAGUCAAGUCGUCUCAGCCAGGCUGCAAUCACGAUCGGGGCCAGAGAGCCUAAUGAAUUGGAAGAAUAUUUCGGACGCAUCAAAGCAGCUGUUCUGCAUUCAUAGUCGAUAUGAAUGAGAGCUUUGUUAUCUGGCCCACACCUUCAUUCAUUCAUUCAUACUCCUCCUUCUUCUUCUCUCCCCAGUAUCUUUACUUUGACAAACUGACUCACAAUGCGGUUCAAGAUCUCCGCCCUUACUGCCCUCUUGGCAGCCUCCGCCCCGGUGUAUGCCCAGGAGUCAGGACAUUAGCGGCGCAGACGUUAUACAAAAGCUUGAUUCCCUCGCGGAGGAUGCCAGAAACCUGAGCAGUGUCCUCGUGAACACUCCGGACCCUGUCAAAAUAGGCCUGGCUAUUCUUAGCAACACAAAUGAUCUUGUCGUUGCGAUUCCCGAUAUCUUUUCUCUUGAAGGACUAGGCCACUUUCUUUUCGAUGAUAUGCCUGAUGAACGGCAACUCGAAAUUUGCGCCACCUAUCUUAAGGUGUCUUCCACACGGGCUAUGGGGAUAGGGGCGCAGAAUUAAAUACAUGUCCUUGUGGAUGAGGAGCACGAGCCCCU